AUGAAUAAUACAGAGUCAUUUAAUUUCGAAAUUAGCAAUGUUGUUGAUAUCGAUGGAAAAAAUAAAACAUUACUUGAACCUAUUGUUGUUAGAUUUUCAAAAUCCGAGACAUUUGUUGUGUAUCCAUUAGAGUAUUUACAAACAGUUGCUUUCAAACCAGUUGAAAAGGUAAUUUAUAAAACAGAUUAUUUAAUUGGAACAGGAUGUAAAGAUUUACCAACCGAUAGUACAUGUGGUUAUGCUGUAAAUUCAGUUACCGGCGAAGCAAUCAGAGAUAGUCAAGGAUUUUGUUGUAGUUGUUCAAUGUCCGAUUACUUUGGAGCUGAUCAAAAUUCAAGAGGAAAUUUAGGUUGUUCUCUUUUUGGGUCAAAGUCAUCAUCUGCCCAUUGCCUUUCUUUUAGUGAAUUAAAGUAUGAUGUUUUUGAUAUCUCAGAAACUAGAGUCCAAUAUCAAAUCAAUGCUACUGUUCAAUCAUUUUAUAACCAAUUACCCAUAGUCGAUGUCGUUAAAUUAUCAAAUGAUGUUACAACAGGAAAAACCUCGCAAGUUAUAAUUAGAAUUGUUGGUGAUCUCUCUACGAGUACCCAAAUCAAACAAUAUCCAAAUAAAAAGAUUGUUUUCCCAAGAGCCUCUUCUGACCCAAUCUCAAGUUUACCAAUAAUAAAUACCUCAUUGCUAUUGGAUGACGACUUUUUUGAUCUUAGUGGUGCUGGGUGCAAUAAAAUCGGUGUUGGUUAUAGUGCUUUUCAAAAUCAAGCAAAUAGAUGCGCUGCUGUUUUUCAAUCUUGCUUACAAAAUCAAAUUUCAGAUUAUUAUGCAAAUGAUUUAAAACUAAUCAACGAUGGUAAAAAGGGUCGAUAUAUUAUAUCUCAGCUUGGUACAUCGGUCAAGGUAAUUAGUAGCGCCGCUAAUAAAAACUCAAGAUCUUUUGCAGUUCGUUUUGACGAAAUUCAAAGAACCAUUUUAACUUUGACCUUGUCUGCUGAUAGUUUACAGUUUGUUGUAAAUAUUUCACCUGCUAAAAUUAUAAGUUAUAAUAUCGAAACGUUCGAAUCAAUGUCAAAUAAUGGAGUUUUAAAAAUAAGUGUCCAAAAUACAGGUGCUUUAAAUGCAGACUAUUUACUUCAGGUUCAUAAUUGUUCUGGUGAUAUUAUACAAAUGCCAAAUCAAAUUGCAACUAUACAACCAAAAGAAAUCUAUGUUUUUUCUUUUCAAAUUUACACUACAACAAUGCUUCAAUCAUACUAUUAUUGCUUUGCUGAUUUGGUAAAUGAACAAUCAACUCUUUUACAAAGCAUCAGAAUCAACUUUAAUACAUCAAAAACUAUAAUAGAACAAGGUGCCCAGUCAGGUGAUAACCCAAACAAUCAAUCAGACUCUUUAAAUAUUGGCUAUGAAUUAACUUGUGACUUGGUUUGUCCUAAUUUUUUUAAUAUUAUUUGUUAUUUAGGUCAAUUAAAAAUUUGUUCCACAAGAUUAUCUUUAUUAUUACUCUCCUUAAUAGCUAUUUUGGUAACAGGUUUUUUGUUUUUCAAAUUUCCAAUUUUCAGAAAUUUAAUAAAAACUUGUUUUUGUUGUUGUAAAAAAACAAAGAAAUCAUCAAAAAGAAAAAAGAAAAAAGAUCAUAAUAGUAGCGAAGAUGAAGAUGAAAAUGAAAAUGGAAUUAAAUUAAAAGAAAAAAAAAUAACAAAGAAAUUUAAAUAUAUAGAAGGUAAUAAUAAUAAUAAUAUUAAUAAUAAUAUAAAUAAUAACAGCAAAUAUAAUAAUAAUGACGAUAUUAGAAUUAAAAAUGAAAUUAAUAGUAUUAUUAAUGAUAGAGUUUCGGUUUAUUUUAACGAAAAUAACAAAUCUUUUAGAGUCAGAGAAAAUAAUAACAGAGAGAAUAAUAGAGAAAAUAAUAUAGAGAAAGUAAUAAGUAAUAGUUUAGUUAUAGAAUUUAUAAAUAAUAAUAAUUAG